GGCGGCGGGAGCGGGAGCGCUGAGCUGUAGGCCGGCGGGGCAGCAGCCCGUAGCCGGGGGCGGGGGCGUUGGUCAUGUUUCCCUUCGGGCCCAGGAGCCCCGGAGGGGACCGGGCGGCCGGAUCCGGGGCUGAGGAGCCGGCAUCUCACGAGGGACGGGCGGCCGCUGCCGGGCCGCUCCUUUCCCCGCCGGUGCCGCCACAGUCCGGGGCUGUCGCAGCCCCUCCCCCGUCGCCCCGCGGGAGCCCUCGCAGUCCUGGCGGCCCCUCGCUGUCCCCGGCCGCGCGCGCUGGGGAGCUUGGGCAGUCCGGAGCUCUGGAGUUCUCUGCUGCUUCCGCCCAAGGAGAGCCGUCACAGUCUUCGCCACCGCGCCGGAGACCCGGGCCAGACUGCAGGGCUGGAAGCCGGGGCCGGCACGGCCUUAGCGCCAGCCUGAGCGGCCCUGGCGCCCGGCUCUUUGGGUGGCUAAGAGAGCGCAGCCUGGGCCGCGGGCUGUUCGUGGACCCGGCGCGGGACAAUUUCCGCACCAUGACUAACCUCUAUGGUUCCAUCCAUCCCGCGGACUCGGUGUACCUCAGCACUCGCACCCACGGUGCCGUCUUCAACCUCGAGUACUCGCCCGACGGGUCAGUGCUGACAGUUGCCUGUGAACAGACCGAAGUUCUCCUUUUUGACCCUAUUUCAUCAAAGCACAUAAAAACACUUUCUGAAGCUCAUGAAGACUGUGUUAAUAAUAUCAGAUUUCUUGAUAACCGGCUGUUUGCUACCUGCUCUGAUGACACUACAAUAGCACUAUGGGAUCUGAGAAAAUUGAACACCAAAGUAUGCACUUUACAUGGUCACACUAGCUGGGUGAAGAACAUCGAAUAUGAUACUAAUACAAGACUCUUAGUAACGUCAGGAUUUGAUGGAAAUGUCAUUAUUUGGGACACCAACAGGUGUACAGAAGAUGGGUGUCCGCAUAAGAAAUUUUUUCACACACGUUUUCUCAUGCGAAUGAGAUUAACACCAGAUUGUUCCAAAAUGUUGAUCUCAACAUCCUCUGGCUAUCUCUUGAUUUUACAUGAUCUUGAUUUAACCAAGUCUUUAGAAGUAGGCAGCUAUCCCAUUUUGAGAGCAAGAAGAACUACAUCAAAUUCAGAUCUGACCACUUCAUCGAGUUCAUCUGGUCCUAGAGUUUCUGGUUCACCUUGUCAUCAUAGUGAUUCUAAUUCAUCUUCUGAGAAACACACGUCACGAGCCUCGCAAAGAGAAGGAGUUUCACCACGAAAUAGUCUUGAAGUCUUAACUCCUGAAGUUCCUGGUGAGAGAGACCGUGGAAACUGCAUCACAUCCUUACAGCUGCACCCAAAAGGCUGGGCCACUCUCCUGCGGUGCUCAAGCAACACUGAUGAUCAGGAGUGGACUUGUGUUUAUGAAUUCCAAGAAGGAGCUCCCGUGCGACCUGUCUCACCUCGCUGUUCCCUACGACUGACUCAUUACAUUGAAGAAGCCAAUGUAGGCAGGGGUUAUAUCAAAGAACUUUGCUUCAGCCCCGAUGGACGAAUGGUUUCUUCCCCACAUGGCUAUGGGAUUCGCUUGUUGGGAUUUGACAAACAGUGCAGUGAACUUAUUGACUGUUUGCCCAAAGAAGCCAGUCCCCUGCGGGUGAUCCGUUCUCUCUACUCUCAUAAUGAUGUGGUACUGACAACAAAGUUCUCUCCAACACAUUGUCAGAUUGCCUCAGGGUGCCUUAGUGGACGGGUUUCUUUGUAUCAGCCAAAGUUUUAGGCACAACUUACAUCAAGUAAGCAACUCUUCUGGUGUUUGACAUAAAUUACUUCAAUUUAGGUGAAGUAUUUUCUUUUUAGAUGAUAUUAAAAGUUUAGAUCAAGAUCCUGAUUCUUAUGGGUCCAUGAAGACAACUGUGACCUGAGUUCUUGGUUGUCCAGCAGAAUAGGGGCCUCGCCAAGUUAGACUCUAUGCAGCAUCAUCUUUUGCAGCAUUCCUCAGCUCCUGCUGACCUGUGCCACUGAACGCCAGUUCUCCUGGUUAUUUUGCAUGGUAGCUCUUGUCAAGUUUCUUUUUCUUUUUUGUUUUUUGAUUUUGGUGUGAAUUUUGUGGACAUGUGACAGGAGUUUUGGUUGGAUUAGGAGAAACCUGUGACACUAGAAUAAACCCCAAAAGUUUGGUGUUGGCAUACUGGUUGUUGAAAAAGAAAUUCAUCUUCAUUUAUCAGUAUACUUGGCCUUUUAAAGUUGCUGUUAUGUUUCUCUAUAAUGAGCACAGAUAAUGGCAUUAUCCUCAUAACUGUUAGAUAGUCUUACAACAAAAUGUCUUUUAAGCUUCCUGUUAAAAUUAUACAUAUUUUUUCACCAUGAGAGGGUUUUGUUGUGAAAUUCUAGAAGAAAUAUUACCGCCUCUCUUUGUAAUUUACUUGUCUGAAUUUUAAAAUCUCUAGCAUGUGUCCUUACUUGAUAUUUCAUUCCUGUCAACAGCAUUAGGGAGGAAGAGGGGCAAAGGAAUGGGCUUUGGUCAUUUCUUUUGUCUAGAAGAGAAUUUAUUUAUUGGAUGAGUACACUGUCUGAUCGGAGCGAUGGAACAGUGUGGCUCAGAUUUUCUGUUUUCUCUGCGAGAUUAUUUGAAUCACACAGGAUGACAUGUUAUAGUCCUGGGGUAGAGGGGGAAUUGAGAGUAAGUAUUUCUCAUAUUUCUUCCAUGAGCCAGGUGGCAUAAGGUCAACUGUCUUGCGUUAGUGAGAGGGGAACUGCAGUUCUUUUCAAGCUGUUGGCAUAACUGUGGUGUCAGUGACUUGGAUGUCAAGACGGAGAGCUGAUAAGAAGACCUUUUGUUGUGCUUUGUUGUGGAGCACAGCAAGUAAAAAGCAUCGAGCAGAGCUCCAGCCCAAGGCCGACUGCUCUGCUGAAGCAAGCCUCGUUUCCUCUGGUCUCCUCCACUUCGAACUGUGUAGUGUUAGAGGGGAUUUGCCAGAGGCUGGAGUAAUUUAAAUCACAUGCUGGCUUUUUCCCUUAGUUCACAUUUUCUUAGGCCAGUGAUUCUCAAACAUUAAGGUACAUGAUAAUCAUUGAGGAGCUUGUGAAAAUACAGAAAACACCCUCAGCUUAGGAGACUCUGACUUUGCCAGGGAGAGGACAGGAAUCUGUAUUUUUAACAGGAACACCAAGUAAUCUUAAUUCAGAUGGCCCCUGUUUGUAAAACACUACCUUAAACAUCGGUAGAUACUUUUGUACCCAUCAGGUGCUUCACACAACUCCCAGAAGUUGUUUUGAUUAUUAUUUUUUAAAUAAUAGGUAAAUGAAAGCAAUUUUAGAGAUAGAAAAUAAUAUAACAUGGAAUCAUCUCAUUAUUUAAGGAAUGAGAGAAGUUAAGUGACUUGCCUAAGGUCAUCCUGAAAAAUUACUGGCAGAGCCAGGACUUGAAUUCAAGUCUCCUAAUUCCUUGCUCAGGGCAAUUUCUACUGUAUUAUGCUGUCCGUUAAAAUAAUGACUUAUGAACACUUCAUUUUGUCUUUAAGUUGUAUUAUUGUGAAUACCCUUAAACUGGCCAAUAGAUUGAAAAAAGAAGGCAUGGGAGUAGAUGCUGAGAAUUCCAGCCAUAAGAAGAAAAGUAUUUUAAAUCUUAUAGAAAUGUUUAAGCAACCGAAGUACAUAAAUAAAAAUGACAUUGUUCUUGUAGGGCCUACCAGACAGCCAUUCACACACAUGUAUAGAGGUUACAUCUCACUUGGAACAAAGUUGGCACUAGGACAAUAUUUUUUAAAAGAUUUUAUUUAUUUACUUUUAGAGAGUGGGAAAGGGAGGGAGAACAAGAGGGAGAGAAACAGCAGUGUGUGAGAAAGAUAACUAUCCAUUGCCUCUUGCUCUCGUACACCCUGAACUGGGGACCUGGCCCGCAACCCAGGCAUGUGCCCCGACUGGGCAGUGAACUGGUGACCUUUCACUCUACAGAACAACACUCAAUCCCCUGAGCCAUGCUGGUCAGGAUUCUAGGAUAAAUUUUUAAAAUUCGAUGAAUUUACUAUAGAUGCUUAAAAUUUGGAAAUCAUUUUCUAAAUAUUUUUUUAUUGGUUGAUUUUUAGAGAGAGAGAAAGAGAGAUCGAUUUGUUGUUCCCCCCAUUCAUACAUUCAUUAGUUGAUCCUUUUAUGUGCCCUGACCCAGGAUCAAACCCACAAUCUUGACAUAAUGGGACAAUGCUCUAACCCACUGAAUUACCCGACAGGGCCUAAAAUUUGGCUAUUAUUUUAGUCAUCAAAAAACUUGUGACAUAGUACAGUGCAUACACAGGUUUGCCAUAAACUUUUCAAAAAAAACAUUUUAACACUUAAAAGUUUCUUUUAAUAACAUCUGUAUUAGCCUUAUAAGACAGUAACUCAAAGACUUGUUUUUUUUACUCCAUCCAAAGAUAAAUUUGUCUUUCAAGCCUUUCUCAAGAGUAUCAUUUUUAAAAGAUUUUAUUUAUUUAUUUUUAAAGAGAGGGGAAGGGAGGGAGACAGGGAGAGAAACAACAAUUGGUUGCCUCUUGCAUGCCCCGAACUGGGGACCUGGCCAGCGACCCAGGCAUGUGCCCUGACUGGGAGCUAAACUGGUAACCUCUUGGUUUGCAGGUCGGCACUCAAUCUGCUUAGCCACUCCAGUCAGGGCUCCUGUAUAUCAUUUAAAAAGAAAAAACAAAAAUGAGAAUUGGGAGGUAACAAUUUAUUACUGGCUCAUUGAUAACUUUUGUGUAUAAAAAUGUAUUUCAAAGAAAAGGUCUUGGAGGAAAAAAACACUUAAUGCUAACAUUAAAAAUAAGCUACUGAGUACAAUGAUUGUAUUGAUAAUCAAAAGAAGAUUCCAUAAAUUACAUCCCAUUUGGAGAGAGUUACAUGUCACAUGCUGGGCGCACAGGUUGCCCAACUCUAAACUUCAGUCCAUGAUUUUUUAACCACUGUGGAGCACCUAUCACCUGUCAAGUAAUGCACAUACUUUAUUACUAACCCUCACAGAAACCUUACAAGGUAGGUUUAAGCACCAAUUUACUUUGGAGGAAAUGGAGGGUCAGAAAGUUUAAGUGCUUUGCCUUAAGUCCCAGAGCUGGGGGGCAUCACUGGAAUUCAAACCCAGGUCUGUUUUAGUCCAAAACCUGUGCUUACUACCCUACCAUUCUGCCCUCUGUAAAGGAUGGUAAAUGGGCUUGCCAGGUUACUUGUUUAGCAUCUUCUGGAAGUUAUUUAUUACAAAGCUGACUUACCUUCUGCACCAUGUGAAAGAACAUUUACAAGAUUGACAAUUUCCAUUAGAAUUAAUACCAUAAAACUACAGGGCAUACAUAUAGUCCAUUCCUAACUAAAAAACGUAACUCUAAAAGAAAGAAAAAUAGAGGAUAAACAGCCUUGUAUAAAAAUAGAGCCACACAGAUGAGAUUUAAAAAUGCACAGUCAAGAAACAACAAAACAACCUUUGUCCUCUUUGAGGUACGGUCAUGAUCCAACAGCCAUCAGGGAUAUUAAUCAAAGAAUCAAAAGUCAUCAGGAAAGGUGUACAUCACAUCUUAUAAUUUCAAGGUUCCAUUUCACUUAGAGUAUAAAAUCUGGAGGUUUUUACUCUAAAUUUUAUGUAGUCAUUUGUAAUCAUAAUUGGUAAGUGUAUUUAUAAUUGGUACUAUAGAGUGAUUGUUGGCAAGUGUUUUUAAAAGCUUCUGCAGAACAGUAUAUUUAUGGUAUUGCUAUGUUGAAUGAGUUUAGGAACAUCAAAUAUAUAGUAGUUCCUAGUUUUAAGUUGUGAAAAUGAAGUGGCUCAAGCAGAAGAGACCUCUAUUUUAAUUAUUGAAAAUGUGUGUGAUCUUGUUUCUCACAAGCCCAAAGAACAUGUAUAUUUUGUUAUUUCUCUUUGUAACAAAUCCCUGAGAAGAAACUGUACCAAAAAUUGUAGGAAAAGAAGCAAGGAAAAGGUAAAUCACAUGUUCCCCACUCCUAUGCCUAGAACCAAGAUCACAUUAUACCAUUAGUAUUAAAGUCUUGUUUGCUGGAAAGUGCAAUAUAGAAAAAUGUUCUGAGAAUCUUAUAGAAGCCUAGUGUUUCCCAAUUAGAAUACAUGGUAUUGGAUCCAUAAGUAUCUGUUAAACUUGUGAAAAGCAAGAGAAAUAUUCUGAUAACUUACUGAUGACAAUCAUCCCCCAUUUAGUGACCAGCAGUCACUGAGAGCUCUGAAAUUUCACUGAGUAAUACCCUGUGUUGGUGAUGAAGGAAAGCGUAUAUACGAAUUUUUAGAUAACUAAUGUAUGUCUCUUAAGUGCCAAAUUUUAAAACUU